CGGCGGCGGACGGAGGCCUAUCCGCACGCUGACGCUGCCUCCCACCGGCCGAGCCGCCUCAUUCGUGGCUCAGCCGUUGGAGAUGCAGGUAGUGCUCGUUGGCCUGCUCGCGCGUACCACACCAGCAGCAGCCUCCGCGCACGGAUUAUCCGUUCGUUUUUCGCUCUGCCAGUGCAACAGGUGAACAAUGUAAAUGGUGCGAAUUACGGAGAGUGCCAAUUACAAUUACGGUGGUGGCGGAGGCCACCAUCACCGCGAUCACAUCAUGUGGGAGGAACUGCGGCCGGGGCUCGUGCUUGUGCCCGAAAAGAUCGGAGGGCUGCUCAGUGGGAUCGCCAAGCAUUUUCAAGAUGCGAUUCUCACCUUCUGUCCCACUUCUAAAAGGAAGGCGCGGCGGAAAGACAAAGAGGCAAGCGCCCCUGGUGAGGACCCAAAAUUGUACCUGGAGGAGGCGGUGCUCGAAAGGAAGCACGGAGACCUCGACCUACGCACCCUAGUUGAAUUGCCGGCCGGUCUCGAUUAUAACGAAUGGCUUGCGUCGCACACAAUCGCGUUUUUCGACCACAUAAACCUGAUCUACGGUACAAUAUCAGAGUUCUGCAUUAUGUCUGGCUGUCCUGAUAUGACCGGUCCUGGUCUCAGAACGUAUCUGUGGUUUGAUGAGAAGGGCAAAAAGACAAAGGUCGCCGCCCCUCAAUAUAUAGACUACGUGAUGACUUUUACGCAGAAAACAAUUAAUGACGAGUCCAUUUUCCCCACCAAAUAUGCCAAUGAGUUUCCAAGUUCGUUUGAAUCGUUGGUGAAGAAAAUUUUGCGGCUGUUGUUCCACGUGGUGGCGCACAUGUACCACAGCCACUUCAAGGAGAUCAUGCUGCUGAAGCUGCACUCGGAGCUCAACAGCGUCUUCACCCACAUCAUCCUGUUCAACGAGCGGUUCCACCUGAUCGAGGACAAGGAGACGGAAAUCCUGCAGGACCUGGCGACGGCGCUGAGAGUGCACUCGGAGCCGCCCGAGCUGGCCGCCCCUCCGCCGCGGCCGGCGGCCAAGGACAACAACAACUGCCUGGAAAGUGACGGUGGCGCGAGAGACGCUAGCGGGGCCGCCCCCGCCCACCCCCACCACCACAGGCACGAGUCGCAGGGUGGGCCGCCCCCGGCCGGCGGUACCCCAGCCAUCCCGGCCAGUGGCUAGUGCGUUGCAUUGUUCCUCCUCCUCAAUUUUCCUACUUCUGCUGCUUGUCGCUCUCAAAGUCGCCGCGUUUGAUCAUUUUUGUUUUGCGCAUUAUGUGUUUUGUAGGGUGUAACAUCAGAUUCGUUCGUUUCCGCAAAUCCUCUUUGCGGUUCGGUUUCCACGCAGAGCCUGGACGGGUUUUACGUUUCUCUUGGGAAGUCGCGUCGUGCCGCAGUGAGACGACAGGCGUAGAAUGAUCAGGUGGACGGAAGCCAGCCACCAGCUACAGGCUUUGUGACGUAUUUUUUGCCUCAGGAAUUACUCGUUUAAGAUUAUUUCGGCAUCAAGCUGUUCAAUAAGUGCACGCCUGUACGCUCUCACUGUGCGGAAUCAUGUUAUUUUUUUGUUAGUAUUUUUGGUUGACUCAUCUUUCUGCCCUGUUCCUCGCAGUAUGAAUUAACCUUAUUUACAUUGAUAGACUGAUGGGAAAUCAACAAUAACUAUAUUUGAGAAAAUAGAAUACCGAAUAUUGAACAAGGCUCUUGACAUAAGCAAAAGUGACAGAGACAGCAGCUGAUAGGAAAUCUGGGUAAAUUGUUACUCUUUAUUGUUGUUGUUGCUGUUGCAUUUGUUAAAAAAGAGAAAAGAUUUUUGACAAAAAGAGAGGAAGCGAUCGAAAACUGAAGUGGAUGAGAAGCAAGUUUAGAUUAAUAAAAGGUAGAAGUUUAAUUUACUUUAAAAUCUGUACAGAUCAUCCUUUUAUGAUGAUGAUGAUGAUGAUGAUUAUAACGGAAAAUUACUGCUAUGCAAUUGUAUUUUUGGCGCUGAUGCAAGUGGAAAAAAUACUGCACUUAAGCUGGCAUUAGUUUGUACUACUUGAAACACUGGAAUUAAAAAGAAAAUAAUCAUUAUGAAACAGUCUAAGUCAAUAAUCGUAGCAAAGUUUAGUUGAAUGCAAGAAAUCAACUUUUAAUUUCUCUCAUCGCCACGUCAUUCACUAAUCAACCAAUUUUAAUCAGCUGAUUUUAAUAGGAAAAGUUAACUCGUUCAUUUCCCGCAUAUCUGACACGCAAAGGAAACAAUUUCAACCUGCCAUCGAUAAGUGUAAAAAAGCCUUCAUUGACAAGCAAAGUAGUCCUUCUUGCUGCGUAUUUAAGUAAUACAAUAAUAGUGAUGUAUGUGUACUUCUCAAAUAGACUGAGAAUUUUAGUUGGGUUCAAGAGACAGCCGAGCAAGCAAAUUUUUCUCAAGCUAGAGCACUUGUAGCGAAGCCCACCGAAAUUCAAAUUCCUAACGCGUCAGGCCAGGGGCUGUAGUUCCAAAUUUGAUUUUACUUCAUCGUCGAGGAACACACGAAUUAGAGCAGUUGCCGAUCUCAUAACAGUACAUACAUUUCAAAGUUCCGAAAAGCGCCUGGCACCGAUGUUUGUUACACUUUCUUUUGGUGGGCCCUUGAAUAUGGAGAGUUGCAUGCAUGUAGACACAGACAAUUUAAUAGAGAGCAGAAACUUACGAGGCAUUAUUGUCACAGCGGUUGUCUGAGUUCCGGUUAACAUUGAAAUUGCUCAGCCUUGCCAAAAAUGAAACUGUCGAAAAAUCUGGAUCAACAACAACUUCGUUUCGAUCUUUUGCGUGUUGAAAAGAGCGGCGCUUUAGCUGCUGCAUUUUUCAGUCGCGUGUGUCCAAUUUGCUCCCUUUUUGCUUCUUUCAAACACUACAACGUAAGGAAACGAGGAAGGUUAAAGAAAACAUUUGGCUAAACAAAGUCGAGACCAUCGGACGAUGACAAUUUGUAAAAGGAAAGCGAGUGCAAAAGAGUGUACAUGGGGCAUGUGAUAAUGGUCAGUGAUAAUAUAAUUAUAAAUAUGGAUAAAUUAUUGUUGUGCAACCAAGCGCUGGCCACGGCCACCCAAAUUCGGCGAAUUCAGCAAACUCCCUGGCGUAUCAGACCUAUUUAUUGUCAAAAUGCAGGCGUGGCUGGCGCUUGAGACGAGAGAGAACGAGAAACCCCCUUAGUCCAUCCUGUCCCCCGCAUAACAAUGUGUAUUUUACUUGAGCCACUAUAACUAAACAUAACACAGGCGAGCGACACACCAUGUGUGCCGUGGCGACAAAACAAUAAUAUUUGUUAAACAAAAAAGUACAUAGUGUGAUCAUAAUUGAUGGAGUGUGACACUAGAAGAUUGAGUUCUCUUGUGUGUGUGUGU